UUAAAAUGGCCCCCACCCCACCCUUAUGUCAGGCUGGUUCCUGAUCUCAGUGCCACAGUGAGGGGAGCAGACCUAGGAGUGCCAUAUUCUGGCUUUCCAAAUCCGGCUGCCUCAUUUGUAUAUUAUGUCAAUUGGCUUGAAAAUAAUUUUUGAGCAGAAUAGUGACUGCACGUUUUGCUCCAUAACUCUGCUUCUACAAGGGCUAGAGCUUAGCUUGAAAGGAAGAAAGGAAGAAAGAAAGAAAGAAGGAAGGAAGGAAGGAAGAAGGAAGGAAGGAAGCUGAAAUCAAGGCGAAUCUGGGUGGGCUAAGCAAUCUGGGUGAGAUGCUUAAAAUCCAGGAGUGGAUGAUCAAGAUGCCGCCUCUCCCGAUGCUCCUGGUGCUGUAUCUGAUGGGAACAUUCACAGGACAUCUCCAGGUCUUCUGCUUCCCCAUCCAAAGGAGAGACCUUUUCCCCACCAAGCAGGCAGUGCUUGACAUGGCCCUGACCUCUUUCGAUGACCAGUACAAGGGCUGUGCCAGUCAGAUGGAGGAGGAGUUGCAGGAGAUAAACCGCACAGAGUUUGCCAGCAACAGAGUCUAUGCUGAGGCCUGGGAACAGGCGGCCUCCAGGUGGAAUGAGAGGAAGGCUUCUCUCUCACUACCCCGUGACCUGAAGCCCGAGUAUGCUAUUGCAAUCAUGGCCUACACCAUCCAAGGGCGCUUCCACAGGGACUUUAAUGCAGCCGUGAGGGAAGCGGGGCGCACCAGAGACUAUUACCUCCGCCAUUUCCACUUCAAGACAUUUCACUUUCUCCUCACCAGAGCCCUCCAGGCCCUGGACGCCAUAGCCGACCCCAGGUGCCUCAGGGUGUAUCGUGGAGUCAGAGGUGUCCGUUUCGCCUCCGAACGCCUCAAGUCCAUCCGUUUUGGACAGUUCACUUCUUCAUCACUGCAGAACGAGAGCGCCCUGCAAUUCGGCAAGGACACCUUCUUCACCAUGGAGACCUGCCAUGGGGUCGACAUCAAGAACUUCUCCUUCUUCCCCGGAGAGGAGGAAGUCCUGAUCCCCCCCUUUGAGAAGUUCAAAGUUACAAAUUUCACGAAGGCACCCGAGACAACCUUCAUCCAGCUCCACUCGCUCCAGGAGUCCAGCGUCUACAACUGUGUGUUUGUGCAAGAGAAAAGGUGCAAGACCCGAAGAUGCAACUAUAGCUCAGAUGCAACUCCGAGCCAACUGUCUGCAAAUGUGCCCGUGCUUUUCCUUCUCUGGGGAUUCCUUCUCAUUGCUGGAGCCUUUGGAUCUCCAGGCUUCCUCUGACCUCCGCAUCCAAAUCUCCACCUCUGAAUCUUUUGUGGAACCUGCUGCAGGAAAUUAUAACAAAAGAAUCAUGUGGAAUCUGGAGGAAACUGCAGAAUUUGCUUUACGUACAGCGCCUAGCACCAGCUGCAAGCCAAGCACUUCCUGGACCAGAGUGAGCAGUUGGGUGGAGCUUCAUUGCCUGUCUGGAUUUCCAUUUGCUGUUGGUCUACAGCUUCCUGUUGCGAUAUGCAACAGCGGCAGCUUAAUUUACUGUGUAGAGUUUACAGGUAAUCUGCUAUGAAGCCAGAGGGGGCACUGUAGCUUCCUCUGUACUGGCUGGGCUAGCUAGGAGUUCCUAUUCUCCUUUCUAUUCCUGUUGCUGUGUGUGAAUCAGCAAGUUCUAUACUGACCUCUAAGUGUGGUUUCUCACAAGUAAAGUUGUCUUAAACCUUG